UGUCAAAAAUUUUCUACUUCUCUCCUUCACAUUAAAAAAAAAAGAAAGAAAAAGAUGAACUAAAAACGCAAAGCAAGACAAGAUGCAUUCGAUAGUAGAAAAAUACAAAAUUCUUUAAAUUCUUCAUGAGAAAAUACCAAACAAAUCCAUUUAAAUGCCCACAAAAAGAUUUUCUUCCCAUCCAAUUGAAGUUCUGCGCGCUGCUGCCCCUGCCCUACCCCUUCAUCCACCAACAACAUUAAAUUUUGUCCGUCUCCAGCAGCAACUCAUCGCCAUCGCUAUCGCCAUCAUCUUUGCAAUCAUCAUCUUCAGGCUCGAUUUAAGUGACCCCAAGACCCAGGGAAAUGCAUAAAAAGGUAUAUCGCAUAGUAUAGAAUCUGUGGAAAUAUAACAGAAAUAAGAAAAAGAAAAGCUGAAAAAUGAACAUUGUUCAAUCAAGAAUAAGAUAAACAUUAAUAUUAACAAUUUGUUCGUCGAUUGUGCGGACUGCGGCAGCAGACAGUAAAAAGAAUAUUAAAGUAAAAAAUUAAAAUACAAACAAAAAUGGGUCGCUCCACAAGACAACAGCAGCAGCAGCAGCUCUCUCCUCAGCCCUUGGCUAUCGCUGUUGCCGUCGCUAAACGUCCUAAAGAUUAUUCAAAACAAAAGCUAUUACGAAAGAAAUCUGUGAAGCAAGAAUUAUUAUUAUCAACUCGAGGGCGCUCUAGCUCCACAAAGCUAAACGCCGUAAUGCAAAUGGAUCCACCUGGCAGUCGAAGACGGUUGGGACGGAAUCCAAUAGUAGAACAACAACAGCAGCAGCAGCAGGAACAACAACAACAACAACAACAAGAUUCCUCAUCAUCACCCACAGAUGUAGAUUCGUCGAAUGAGGGUGCUGGACCUGGGGGAAGUGCCGCCGCCGGUGGCAAUUCUGCCGAAUGCCGUCGAAGUUCCCGCAAGAAAACCAUCAAAUUCGACGUUCGUGAUUUGUUGAAUAAAAACCGAAAGAGUCAUAAAAUUCAAAUCGAGGCACGAAUCGAUUCAAAUGCACCCAAAGUAGGUGCUGGCCAGGUUAGCAAAGCUGAGCUGGAUAGUAAGCAGAAGAAUUUUAUUGAAAAAUCAGCGAUAUUUCGGCGCUUUUCGAUAUCCGAGAACAAGCUUCCACCACGGCCUCCUCCACCGCCAGGAGCUCUGAUUCAUACAAUACAGCAGUGUGUGGGCGAGCUGGAGCAGCUUCCCUUGGACGGUGGUGAACUGAAUUUGGCGGCGAUUUCACCGAUAGCUCGGCGGCUGAGUCGGACACAAGACAUUCUCACGGCCAGUAUGAUGAAACCCAAACAAGUGAGCAGUUUGAUAGUUACAAAACUUGAGAGUGCAACAACUUCCAAGGCGGCAGUGCAAUCUUCAUCUUCAGGAACAGCAACAGCAUCAUCAUCAUCAUCAUCAUCAAUUCCACAAGGCAGAAUGCGUAUGGGAGUUGGUAAGAAUGUGCCAUCGAAUUUGGCAGCAAUACCGUCGCCGAAAAAGCCUCAAAAACGUGGACGCAAACCCAAAGCCAAACUUUUUUCCGAGAGCACAACAGAAUCAUCAUCUUCCAAUGAUGGCUUUGAUUUAUCUGCAAAUAGUAAGCUAACUCCUUUGGAAAAUAUCAGAUCCACGGAGGAGGUUCCUUCCCCCGUAGAGUCGUCAGAGCCUAGAGUCAAUUUCAUAGAUGAAAACUCCACAACAGGCAUUGAUUUAAAAGAGAAUUUAGACGCUAGUGCCGUUACACUGCCACAACCAAUAAUUCAAAAUGACUCUGCGCACAAUUCUACAGACGAUUCAUUUGUCGCCGCUCAAGAGGAUGCAUUCACAGCCAGAGUCCAUAGUUCGGAUGAAUCAACAACGGGAUCCCUGAUAAACUCUCCCAAGAGUGGAAGAAAAGGUGACGACAUAUCGCUUUUUGGGCGUAGCAACAGCACUGAGACAAAUAGCUCAGAGGACAGUGAGAAGAGACAUAGAAAAAUUCGAAUCUCAGUCAAGAGAGUUUCGUUGACUCCUCAAAAGUCUCCACGUGCAUUGAGUUUUGAACAAACUGAUGAACCAAUAGAAGUUCUGUCCUCUACCAACGAUGAGAAUUCAACUGGGGAUACAAUCAUGAAGUCUAGAAAACCCAAAUCCAAACUGAUAAAGGGAAAACCGCUGGAAACGUGUGCAACACCUCCAAUAAUUCUACUCGAAAGUGACACAUCCAAUGCAGCUUCGGUGAGUAGCAGUGUAAUUGAAAUAACUAGCUUAGAAAUGCCCACAAAUGAGCUUGUCCCUGAGCAAUCACAAUUGACAAACUUACCUAAAGGAAGAAGUUGUAAAUUGAUCGAAUCGAUUUUCCCGAAAGCUACUCAAAAGUCAUUAUUUCCUCAGAACGCUGAUGUUUCCCCAAAAAAUCGUAGUUCUUCUUCUACAAAAUCCGCCCCUUCUCACCUGCCAAUUGAAACUAGUGCUGCAACCAGGCCAUCAACAAUUCCCGAAGAUGAAUCACAAUCAGAAGAUCUUACCUUGUUGUCGAAAGAAGGCGAUACGGUGAGUGUGGGAGCUGAUGAGGAUCUUCUGAACGAGGAAGCAACCGAAGAAUCUAAUGAAAAGACUACUUCACAAGUAAGAAGUCUGAGAAGUGCUCAAAACGUUCAGAUUAAACCACCAACUCCUCCAGCAGCUACAAAAAGACAAAGAAAAAUUAUUAAGGGCCAAUCAGCUCUUGAUACGUCCACUGAACAAUAUACCAAAAUUCAGCAGGAAGUAUUGGCUGCAGAAACAUCGAAAGAUGAUGAAAGAUUGGAAAGUGUUAAAAACCAAGAAUUAAGUAGAUCGAUAGAAGAGUCUGAAGCGGGCAUAAAACAAUCCUUAAAGAAUCAAAAAGAAGCUUUAAGUGAGCCUAAAAAUAGAGCCUCCUUGGAGUCUGAUAAGAAUGAAGAAUUGACUUCGCCCAAACCAACUCGAUCCAGAGGCUUCAAGCAACAAGAACGAUUAGAGGACCAAAGUCUUUCAGAAGAAACAAUUCCGACUAAAGCUUCGAAAGAAGAAGAAGAACCAACAAAGACCCAACAACCAGAUGUAGUAGAAGCAGCAAAACAAGAAGAAAAAGAUUCCAAAUCCGAAAAAGAAUCAACUCAUGACUCAGAAGACACGACCACACCAGAUCGAAGAAGAGAAACUCUAAGGACGCGUUCCUCAGUUCAACAAACAAAAAGGGAAACUCAAAAAAAGAUUUGCAAUUUAAAAAUCACCACCACCAACUCCAGUACACUAGAUUCAUCCUCAGAGUGUUCCGAGUGUCCUGAGAAAUGUCCAAAAAAUCGUCGACAAAUUAUAUUGGAAGAAAAUGUGAUCGAUGACAAAUCUAAAGAAGAAACCAGCAGCUUGUGUUCAGAGACUUCCUCAAUUACGUCUUCAUCAUCUUCCUCAUCAUCGAUGACAGCUUCUUCAUCCAAGACCUCUUCAACAUCAACAUCAUCAUCAAAUUCUUCUUCUUCUUCAUCGUCAUCGUCAGCAGCAAGAUCUACACGUUCCUCUAAAAGUUCACCAAAAGUUCCUCAUAAACAACAAGACGAACCGCAACCACUGGAAGCGAUAAGAAACAAAUCUCCAGUUUCACCUGGACUGCCAGCAGAUGCCGACAAAACUCAAUCCAACAAGUCUGAUAGUGAGAGCUCCGAAAACUUUUCGUCCACCAAAACCGGCGACACAAAUCUUGAUGAAUCAGAAAAACUUAGGGAGAGGCGAAAGUCAAUGCGAUUGCAACGUUCAUCCUCGGAACCCGACAGAGAUUCUGAAGAAAGCGAAACUUCUCCUCAAACAGCUCGUCACACUUCGAAAACCCGUUCGGGUCGAUCAAGAUGCAGAGCUGAGCGAGGUGCAGAAAUGAGAAAAAAAUUAUCCAAAAAAGGACUUGAUGUUGAAGUUGAAUUAGACAAAGCAUCUUCUUUCGGGGGAACUACACCCCAAAAACCAGAAAAUGAACAAACAGAUGCAUCAAUAACAAAUCAAGAAGCCCCAGAGAUGACAAACACUUCGAUUAGUCCAAGAGCCAAAUCGAAAAAGAGAACAAGACGCUUCGUUCCAAUAAAAUAUAGCUCCUCGGAAUCUGGUACAUUAUCAGAUGAUGGAAAUAAUUCAAUUGAAAUGACAUCAAUGCGUUUAACUCGAACUCGCAGGAAGACUAUUUCCAGUGCAAGUGAACUCGAAGAAAUUCCUCCAUCUAAUCUAAGUCCACCAGAUUGUGCAUUGGAAUACGUGCGCCGCAAAUCCAAACCAAAUCAAUCUAAGAUCCACGAAAGAGGUGAUAAAAAUUCAGCAGUUCAGGAAUUGGAACAUAAAAAAGAUGAUAAUAAGGAAGGAGAUGUAAAAUGUGAUUCAAAUGCAGACGAUGAGUUAACACCGAGAGGUAAACCAAAAGCUGCAAGAUCAAGAAAGGUUAUCCGAAAUUCUUCCAAGGGCCCAACUCGAGUACAAAAUGAGGUUUCUACACAAUCUCCAAAAGAAUCUAAUGAAAGUUCCAUUGACACUAAAGAAAAAAUAGAAGUGGAGCGUUCAGAACCAGCUUCGCCAGCAUCAUCAUUCACUGACUUAUCUGCAGGAGAAGAGCUGGUUGAGACUCCAAGACCGAGAAAGGUAACACGAUCAUUUCUUAAAACUAAAAUCGGUGACUCUGGAAAUAAGGAGUGGAAAGAUCUUGAGAGUUCAGUUAGCAUUGAAGAAGAGAGAAUUGUAGAGAAGAAUGCUUUGGUAGAACUUCCACGGAAAACCGACCUCAAGGAUGACAAAGAAAACAAAUCCGCGCCACAAGCUACAGAAGAAUAUCAGGCUAUUUCUGAAGAUGUUUUGGACUCGGGACUUUGCGAAACAAAGUCCCCUAGACAAAGAAAAGGUACGAAACUCUCUGCAAAAAGUCCAACUUCAAUCAAAAGUAAAAAAGAAUCCAAGGAGCUGAUUGUGGACCAAAAUGAUGAAAAAACGGACAAACCUAAAGAAUCCGGAAAGGAUACGGAAGCCCCUCAGCCUUGCACUUUACCAAAUGACCAUUCAAAGGACGACACUGAUAAAUCAACUCCAAAAAGCUCAGAUUUGUUGCCUAUUUCAAAUUUGAUUGCUCAAGAAGUUAUUACAACAGAAGAAAAUAAAGAAGAUCCUAAUUCGAAACCAACUGAAAUAGUCGAGAAGUUCUCAGCACCAAGAAAAGGAACUAGAUUGUCUUUGAAAAAAUUAGAAAGCUCAAAUUUGGAAGACAAGAGCAAAGACUUAUUAGAAAAUGAUAAAAAUCAAGCUCAAUGUGAUGAAUCUAUGUCGGUAGAUGAUCAAGUUUUAAGGACGUCCAGGCAAAGGAAACCAACAAGAUUUUCUGCUAAAAAGCACGAAAUACCUAAAGUGGAUGUAGUAGUUCAACAAACGCAAGAAAUUUCUGAGACCAGUCGUGAAAGUGGUACAGCAGAGAAAGGACCCGAAUCAGCUUCGCCAAGAAUAAAAAAGACAACACGUUCCACUCCAAAGGUUGAAGUUCCGAACGAUUUAGCGGUGGUAGAGCAGAGUAGGGCAGAAUGCCAACCUAUUGGGGAUAAAGUCAAUGAGCCUACAGAAAUCUCAGAGCUGAAAAAGGCUACUGAAAAGGAUACUGAAACAGUAACUGAUGCUUCCUUAAAGUCCACAAAUCUGGAAGGGAAUUUGGUGCAUGAACAAAACGAUGUUACCAAAUUAGUAGAAACGCCAAAGAGAAGAAGGAAACCAACUCGAUUUUCUCCCAAAAGUCCAGAUAGACCUACAAUCGAAAAAAAAGAGAAUGUCUUAAAACCUUCUUCAGCUGAGAAAUCAGCAGAGGAUGCAGAUAUCGAUGAUACUAAAAAAACUGAAGAACCCAAAACUAUCUCAACUCUUGCCGACGUAUUGCAACCUGUUGUUGCUGUGAAAAGCCCAAGAGUUCGUAAGGGAACUCGAUUCUCUCCCAAAAAUGCAGAAAAUCUUCAAAUUCAGUCGAAGGUGGUAGCAUCAACAGACGCUGAAAAUACUAGUCUAACGGAAAUUCCUGAGGAGCCAUCAAAACCUACUAGAGUUAGGAAGGGAGUUCCUCGCAUUCUUGAUAAAAGUUCCGAGGAUCAAAAAAUCGAAGAAGAAAUCAAGAAAAUGUUACACGAUUGUCAAACGGCAAUUAACGAUGUUACUUCUAUUUCAUCGACGCCAUCUACGACGUCUUUGGAAACAAAAGAACAACCAGAAAUACUCAAAUCGGCCUCAUUAAGGACUAAAAAAGGAACUCGAUUGUCUGCACAAACUCCUCAAGUACAUGAAAGCUCAGAAAAGGAUGACAAAACCAAACCAGAGCUACCCACAGAUGCGUUGAGAUAUAAAACCACUACAGAUUCCCAACAGAAGCCAAAACCACCAGAAAUCGAACCUUUUACUGAUGCUAAAGUUCCAAACGUUUCGAUUGUGCCGACUCCAUCGGAUGACCAAAUGAAUCCUCUUGCUGAAAAUCCAGUGUCCCAUUCACAAAUUCCAAUUGAUUUACCUCAAGAACUGAAUAAAUCGGUGAAAGACAAACUGCCCGUUGAAAGAGGAACCGAAUCUGAAAUGGCAGAUCUAAGUGUGUCCCCUUCACCUUAUCCUCAAUUCAAACCGGAUGUAGCCUCGAAAAAAGCCAUUCAAAAACAAUUGCAAUCAAUGUUGGCUUCUCUAACAUCCGAACCGAAAAUGACCUUUCCAAAGGAAACGACGACUCCCCGCAGAAAGAGGAAAACUUUAGGUGAGCAACAGGAACCAAUCAAUUCAACUAAAGACACUUCUUCAGCAACAAAGAAAGUGGACGAACCACUCAAUCAAGAAAUUGAUAUGAAAAUUGUUUCUUCCGAUUCCUCCAAUCCAACAGAUGAUUCCAUGAAGCCUCCUCAUGAAGAACCAAGUAAAAUUGAUCCAAAACAAACACCUCGAAGACAACUUGAUUCAAGUUUUAUAGAAUCCUUGGAGAAAUCGCUUCUUCGGCCCACGACGAAUACAUCAACUAAAAAAGUCUCAAAAAAGAAAGAAAUUGGUGUGACUUCUUCUGCUUCGCCAUCAAAACCACCCAAAGAAGACACAAAAUCAAAUAAAUCUCUAGCCAAAAAGUUGCAAGAAACGAGUGAGGAAUUGAAGAAAUCUGAACAUACCAGUCCGAAGUUUAAGAAAAAACAAGCCAAGGAAUCACCCAAAGUGUUGAAAAAACUUUCCACCGAAGAUCAAACAGCAACAACAAAACGGAAGAGUGCGGUCGCAGCAAAACCAAAGGAAACCGAAGAAACAAAAUCCUUGGAAUCCAGAUUAUCAGAUCUGUUUCAAGAUGACCCAAUGAACAAGCAGUCUCCAGAUGUACCGACGGCUGUGUUUCCUCAAGCACCAAUGGUUCAUAAGACUAAAGCCGAGACGAAAUUCUUUUCCCCUGAGAAGCGAUUGAUUCCUGAUGAAAUGCCGCUGGAGCCUAUGCCAAUUUCUCAGAAACCAUCUUCUCCUGUCAAAGAAAAAUCACCCGAUUUACUGCCAGAUCCUUUGAAGGACAUCGAGAAGUUCAUAGAAGACGGAGUCAAUCUAUUGAAGAGGAGCUACAAAAUAGAUGCGGACGACGAUGGCUCUCUGGACAGAGAUACCCUCAAAUCAGACGAAACGAUGACGCCCAAGAAGUGCAAGCUAGACGAAAGCGUUGUCGCAGGGGAAGGCAAGCAGCCAGGUGGCUCACCACGCGAUGACGACAACUCCAAUUCGAAUUCAGAGUGUUCAACGAUGACAGCCAACACGUCGACCAGUGAAGUCGAUACACCAAACGGAAUCCGACGUUCGCAUCGCAUCAAGAACAACACCAAGAGCUCCAAGUGUUUAGUAGGACGCGGCCUGGUGCGGGAGAGAGAGCGCUUCUCAAUGAAAAACGACGAUGAAAAAACUAUAUACUCCAUCGACGACCAGAAGUUGGAUUUGGCGGAGGUCGAGGCGAAGAAUUCGAAGUUCCUCAAAGACAUGGAAGAGCGUUUGAGUAAUUUCCGUGUGAUCCGUGAGAAUGAAUACAAAUGUGAGCGGGUGAUAAGCAAAGAGGCCAAAAGAAUGUUGUGCGAUUGUUUCCUGACUCAGGAGGAGGAGGAGCGUGGAGAACUGGGCUGCGGCGAGGACUGUCUCAAUCGAUUGCUGAUGAUCGAAUGUGGCAGUGAUUGUACCGUCCGAGACCGCUGCACCAAUCGACGUUUCAAUAAAUUCCUAUAUUCACCGUGUCGUGUGUUCAGGACGGAAAAGAAGGGCUUCGGAAUCAUGGCUGACAUUGAAAUUUUGCCGGGGGAAUUUAUCAUGGAAUAUGUUGGGGAGGUGAUCAAUGGCGAUGAGUUUGAGUUCCGGAUAAAUGAGUACUCCAAGGAUAAGAACAAACAUUACUACUUCAUGGCUCUGCGGAGCGAUGCGGUGAUAGAUGCCACCGCAAAAGGUAACAUCUCGCGAUUCAUAAACCAUUCGUGCGAGCCGAAUGCCGAGACCCAGAAGUGGACUGUCAACGGUGAGCUGAGGAUUGGCUUCUUCAGUAGGAAAAGCAUAAUGCCGGGUGAGGAGAUCACCUUUGAUUACCAAUAUCAGAGAUAUGGUAAGGAGGCGCAAAGAUGCUAUUGUGAGUCUGCUAAUUGUCGUGGUUGGAUUGGAGCCGAACCAAGCUCUGAGGAAGAAGAAGAAUAUGAUGCAGUUGACGAGGAAGACGAAAGUGAAGAGACCGAAGAGGACGAGGCAGCAAAGGCAGCUGAACCGGUUUCAAUUGUUCCAAGUCCAAUUCCGGCUAUCGUUGAUGUGGCCAAUUCGGAGAAGCAACCUCUUGUACCGUUGGUGGUCACUACUGCUGAAGUUCCUGCUGUCGAUGUUGAAAUGACUGCCUCACUGACUCCGCCGACACAGCCAGUCGCCGAAACACCGACACCAUCAUUGACAGAAACUACUCCAGCAGUGGUUCCAGAAAAGCCAAAAGAGCAACUUCCCAAGAAAAAGAAAGAGAAGAAACGGCUGCUGGAAGAGAAACUCAAGCGCCGAGAGCCCAAACAGUUCCUCGAAGAUCCAGAUAUCGAGGAUGAAGUUCGUUUCCUUGUCAAGUGUGGUCUGCGCAAUCAAGCCGAUACUCUUCGCUUGUCCCGUCUCAUUGUGCGAGCCAAAUUGCUGGAAACACGUAUCAAUCUUCUGCAAAUCUUACGUCAAGGAGAACUACCUUGUCGAAGGUUAUUCCUCGACUAUCAUGGCUUACGUCUGUUGCAUGGUUGGAUGAGUGAAGUCCUAGACACUCGAGACACCGACAAGAGCAUGGAGAUCCGCAUGGAGCUGUUGAGUGCGUUGGAGUGUCUGCCCAUAUCGAACAAAACCAUGUUGACCGACAGCAAGGUAUACCAAACGGUACGCGAUUGGUCGAACAACAAGGAAUCACAUUCGCCAAGCGACGGAUCGCCUAAGGAAGCAGCAAAUGUGAACACUGCGGCGGCACCACCAACCACAGAAGAUGCCAGUUCAGAGCUCCAGAAAUUGGCUGCCAAAUUGGUCCAUACUUGGGACAAUUUACCAGAAGUAUUCCGCAUACCGAAGCGGGAGCGUAUCGAACAAAUGAAGGAACACGAACGUGAAGCCGAUAGGCAGUACAAGGUCUUGGAGAGGGGUCUGAUGUCGUCGUCUGGAUCGGACGUAAAUCGUAAUCGCGAGAGGUUCAAAAGCAAAAGUGGUCCGAAGGGUCGAUUUAAUUGGUCCAAGGACAAGGAACGAGAGCGUAUGAAUGAGAGAAGAAAGUAUGCCCAGAACAAUAACAGCGGGAAGGAUGGGAACGAUAAGUCAGCUGGAUCUCAAGCUUGCGAAUCGCAUCUGUCCAAGGAGCAGAGGAGAGAACUUUUUGCUGCAAAGGUUGCUCGAGAUGAAGCCGAGAAACGUCUGGCUGAAGAACGCCGAGAAUUCGAUAUCAAAUGUCGCUUCUUCGGCCUCGAUCCGAAAAGAAUGCGACCAGAAAAUAUGCCCUUCUGUGUCAAUCCAUCAACCGGUCAAUGGUAUUCAACUGACAAAAAAGCAAUUUCCACACCUCCUAGCUAUGCGCACGUCCAGGUACCAGUUAAGCCAAAAUCAACAAAUCCCGAAGACUAUCGACUCCCAACCAUGGAUCUACCGCCAUUAUGGAAGUUUGCCAUCAGCCCCAAGGGAAAAAUUUACUAUUAUCAUGUGAAAAUAAGAAUACCCCAAUGGGAGCCGCCAAUUAAGAUUCUACCCUUGGCCGGGCAACACAAUACCGAGGUGAAAAAUUCCGAAAGUGAUUCCUCCACAGCUGGCAUCAAUGACAGUUCCGAGGAUGAUAUUGAAGUUAUAAAGGGUCUUGAUCCUGUCAAACUACAAGCUUACAUUGAGAAGAAAAUCGAGGAUAGAAGACUUCAGCGCUACACUAGGCUAGUUGAAGAGAAACCUAUAAGCCCUCGCAAAGAAGAAGAUCGUAUUUAUAACCAAAUGGAGGUGAGAAAAUACAAAGAGAACAAAGAAAAAAUACGCAAACGCAAGGAGGAGAUUAGACGACGACGUGAUAUUAUUGUAAAAGCAAGCCUUGAUGGGUCGAAUUUAUCCGAAGCCGCAGAAGCUGCCGUCGUCGAAGCUACUAAAGAUGCUCUUCCAAUACAGGAUUAUCUAUUGUCUUCCGAGGAGGAGGAAAUACUCAAGGCCGAAUGUAACAAUAGUCCACUUAUAGAUAAGAUUGUUCAAGGCGAUAAAAUUGUUGACGAAUUGGAUGCGCUGCAGCGAAAGCGAGCCCUAAAACGAGCCUUACCAAUUCGGGAUAAAUAUGAUCAUAAAAAGCGAAAGGUCGAUAAAACUAAGGAUUCAAGCAAGAGUACAAAACGCAAUAAGGAUGGAGAAGGAAGUAGUAGCAGUAGUAAAUACCGCAAAGUUAGAGAAAAGUUCCGAUGUGAAAUCGCUGGAAUUAUUGUUCAACAUUUAAAGCCAUAUCGCGAUGAAAGUUGUUUCACUGGAAAAAUUCUCACAGAUGAUGAUUUUAAUCAUUUGGCAAGAAAGCUAACCCACUUUGUGAUGGUCAAAGAAUUAAAGUACUGCGAGUCAAUUGGCCAAACACUCAUAGUCACUGAAUCAGUCAAAAAUAAAUCACGAGAAUUCAUUAAAAAGUACAUGGCCAAGUACGGGAAAGUUUAUGUGCGUCCUAAAAAUGAUCCAGAAUUUAAGGACAUACCGUUCUUGUAAAAAAAAAUACAGAAACAGAAACAGCAAAUUUGUUUUUGCUAUGUUCAUUUAAUUUUAAAUAUUUUUCCUUUAAAAAUUUGACUUUAUGACAUUUUUUCUUUUAAUUAUAUUGUUUUCAUAGUCUUUAGUUUGUAAGUUUAGUCAAGAGAAAGCAGCAACAAAUUAUCAUGAAAAUCUUUCUCAUUUUAUUCUAAAAAAAAAAAUAAAUACAAUUUUUCUAAAAGAAAAAAAAAAGAAACAAAACGUACGAUUACGUGGAAUGCAUUCUGUAUUUUAAAAAAUAAUUCAUCUCCUCUCUAUCAUCCAUCAUAAAUAUAUAUUAUCUAUUCUACUAUUUUAAUAAUUGUAAUUGAUUUUAGAAUUUAAGUAAAGCAAAAUAAUAUUUUUAAAGGUUUUUAUAAAUAUUAAAUAAAAACAAACGUUGGAUCUAUCUAUGUGAGUAUUUGUGAAUAUGAAAUAUUGGUAUCAAUUACCAAGCUAAACAUACAAAAUAAAUAUUUGGACAUACUAUUAUACGAAAAAUAUAUAUAUUAAAUAUUUUUGAAUACAUAAUGUAGUAGAAUAUCAACAGUAAAUUAAAAAAAUGUAUGUAAAAUGUUAAUAUAUAGAAAAAUAAAAUAAUUGAAUAGAAAUCAAUAGAAA